UCCGGGGAGCGCGGCCCCGAGGCAGCGAGGAGGGCAGGGGCCCCUGCUGGAGCGGCGCGCCGGGCGGGGCGGGAGCAGAGCCGGGGCCGCGUUUCCUUCAGGCCUCGGCCGAGGCCCGGGGCGGGGUCCCUGCCCCGAGCCCUGGCGGACGGCGGCGGCGGCUGCAGAGGGUCCGCGCGGGAAUGACAGCGUGUACUCUGGAGAGAGUGCCACCGAGGUGACUGGCCUUCUAGGGUGGGACCCCGGACCCCGGUCAUCGUCUGCCCCGCGGCAGUUUUGGCAUUUUGAAGACAGUGUGGGAAGGUAACGCCGUCCCCAGUUCAUCCUUAACAGGAUUUUUAAUAAAAGAGGAAACAGAGGCUGUUAACUUGCCACGUAAGUGAAGCUUAGUGGAAUCCGCAGUUUUUAGAGAAAAAAGAAGAGCAGUCCCAUCUGCCUCUGGAGUCCGAGCAGCUGCAGGCUCGUGCAGUCGUCUCUCCGGCUCGCGGCCCCGGGGCUGCGCGAGGAGACUUGGGGCAGCCGGCUCCGCUCUCGCCAGGCUGCAGACCAGCCGUCAGAAGGCUUCGCUCACGGUGCGCAGGACCUGAGCCCUGCAGGCCUCCGCCCCUCGGCCGCCCUGCCUCCCUCCGGAGAAAGCCCCUCCCACCUCCUCCCCGUAUGCACAGUGGUUCAUAGUUUUGGCCCAGAGGAGACUCGGCUCCCUUGAAAGUAGAACUAAAUUCCUGAAGACAAUUUAUUCUUCAAAAAUCCUGGGACUCUCUACUUCUGCUAAAAUGUCUUCGAAAUUCAAAAAUGCAAAACGAAUAGAAGGCCUUGAUAGUAAUGUGUGGAUUGAGUUUACCAAGUUGGCUGCAGACCCCUCUGUUGUGAAUCUUGGCCAAGGCCUUCCAGAUAUAUCCCUUCCUAUGUACAUAAAGGAAGAAUUGUCAAAGAUUGCAACAACGGAUAGCCUGAAUCAGUACACCCGGGGCUUUGGUCAUCCAUCACUUGUGAAAGCUCUGUCCUGCCUUUAUGAAAAACUUUAUCAAAAUCAAAUCAAUCCAGAUAAAGAAAUCCUUGUGACAGUAGGAGCAUAUGGAUCUCUUUUUAAUGCCAUACACGGAUUAAUUGAUGAGGGAGAUGAAGUCAUAAUAAUAGUGCCUUUCUAUGACUGCUAUGAGCCCAUGGUGAGAAUGGCUGGAGCAACUCCUGUUUUUGUUCCUCUGAGAUCUAAACCUGUUGAUGGGAGAAAAUGGUCUAGUUCUGACUGGACAUUAGAUCCUCAAGAAUUGGCAAGUAAAUUUAACUCCAAAACCAAAGCCAUUAUACUAAAUACUCCACAUAACCCCUUAGGCAAGGUGUAUACCAGAGAGGAGCUCCAAGUAAUCGCUGACCUUUGCAUCAAAUAUGACACGCUCUGCAUCAGUGAUGAGGUUUAUGAAUGGCUUGUAUAUGCUGGAAAUAAGCAUUUAAAAAUAGCCACUUUUCCUGGUAUGUGGGAGAGAACAAUAACAAUAGGAAGUGCUGGAAAGACUUUCAGUGUAACUGGCUGGAAGCUUGGCUGGUCCAUUGGUCCUGAUCAUUUGAUAAAACACUUACAGACAGUUCAGCAAAACACUGUUUAUACUUGUGCAACUCCUUUGCAGGAAGCCUUGGCUCACGCUUUUUGGAUUGACAUCAAGCGCAUGGAUGACCCAGAGUGUUACUUUAAUUCUUUGCCAAAAGAGUUAGAAUUGAAAAGAGAUCGGAUGGUACAUUUACUUGAAAGUAUUGGCCUAAAACCCAUAGUUCCUGAUGGGGGCUACUUCAUCAUUGCUGAUGUGUCUUUGAUGGAUGCAGACCUCUCUGACAUGGAGAACAACAAUGAACCUUAUGACUAUAAAUUUGUGAAAUGGAUGACUAAAAAUAAGAAACUGUCAGCCAUCCCAGUUUCAGCAUUCUGUAAUUCAGAGACCAAAUUACAGUUUGAGAAGUUUGUGCGAUUUUGCUUCAUUAAGAAAGACAGUACACUGGAUGCUGCUGAAGAAAUUUUCAAGGCAUGGAGUAGACAGAAGUCUUGAUAUGUGCAGACUGUGUUGUUUUCUCUUAGAUGACCUAUUAGUAUGGAAUUGUUAUUUAGUGCUGCCACCUGCUGGAUAGUG